AUGUUGGAUAAAGAGUCGGAAGAUGUUGCAAGUCUUCUUUCAACUUUAGACAAAUAUAAAAGCAUUUACUUGGAGCCUACUCAUCCUGUCGCUUUCAAGUUACCUAAGGUUGAUCACUCUAUAGAAGAUCAAUGGAUUUUAGCUAAAAUUAUACAGUCGAUAAAUAGUGACAUUAAUCAAUACAAGGUACAAGACGUGGAGCCCUCUGAAGAUGGUGGCCCCGGUCAAGUUUGGCAGACUGACCUAAAAUCCAUCAUUGCUUUACCCGUUCAUUCGAAAAGCACUUUUAAGUCAAGCACUCUCGUUCUAGGUUUAUACCCAGACACGACAUCAUUCUAUAGAGCCACAGUCAUUCAACCACCGGAUACUGUCGCUAAUAGAACUACGUAUCUACUUCGAUUCGAAGACGACGAUGCCCCGUUCCAGACAGUAUCACCCGAAUACGUGAUAAGUCUUCCUAAUGGUACGAAUUAG